CGCUCCCCGCCGGCGAUCCGUCCUGCUGCAGCGGGUCUGGCCCGUUCCUGUCAUUGAAAAGAUGGUGAAUGAGGAAGAGGAGGGUACUUCCAAACAGGGUGGCCCUAAGCCAGCAGAACCACAUCGGAUGCUUUCUGAAAGUUGCCAGAGUCAUGUGUCUCCAGACCUUGAAUCAGAAGGAGGUGAAACCAAUGAGGCUAGUUCAGAGAUGGAACUGAGAAGCUUGAAGCGUGACUUGGACAGUGACUCUCUUCCCAUCAAUGGGGACGUUUCUGAGGGUGGGAGGGUUUAUCCGUCGCAGACACAGUAUAUUUGCCCUGUUUGUGGGGAAUGUUUUAAUGGGAGCUCCUGCCUUGUGGAGCAUCAGAGGGUCCACAAAGAGGAGAAGCUGCACCCAUGCCCUGUGUGUGGAAAAGGUUGCAGCCAGGAAGCUGACUUGGUUGAGCACAUGCAGAGUCACACUGACGAGAAGCCAUUUUCUUGCCUUGAGUGCGGGAGGAACUUCCUUUUCAGUUCAGACCUGGUGGCCCAUCAAAAGGUCCACACUGGGGAGAAGCCUUACAUCUGUCUAGAGUGUGGGAAAGGUUUCUCCCAGAGUUCUCAGCUGAUGUCUCAUCGGAGAGUCCAUACAGGGGAGAAGCCCUAUGAGUGCAUUAUCUGCGAGAAGAGCUUCCGGUCCAACUAUGACCUGGUCAACCAUCAGAGGAGCCACACUGGAGAGAAACCUUACAUAUGCUCUGACUGUGGGAAAAGCUUUACCCGGAGCUCACACCUCAUUUCCCAUCAAAGAGUCCACACUGGCGAAAGGCCCUACCCCUGUGGGAUCUGCGGGAAGCGUUUCCGAGACUGCUCGCAUCUAAUUCGGCACCAAAGGGUCCACACUGGUGAGAAACCGUACGAGUGCUCCAUUUGUGGAAAGAGCUUCCGGGUCAAUUAUGACUUGGUCACCCAUCAGAGGAACCAUACUGGAGAGAAACCUUAUGAAUGCCCUGAUUGUGGGAAAGGCUUUAAGCGGAGCUCCCACCUGAUCUGCCACCAGAGAGUCCACACUGGGGAAAGACCUUAUCCCUGUGGCAUCUGUGGGAAAAGCUUUAGUUACAGCUCAGACCUUAUUAAGCACCAGAGAAUCCACACAGGGGAGAAACCUUAUGAAUGUCACAUCUGUGGGAAGAGCUUUCGGAUCAAUGCUGACCUGGUCACUCACCAGAGGAUUCACACUGGAGAGAAACCUUACACCUGCUCCGAUUGUGGGAAAUGCUUUGCCCGGAGCUCACGUCUUGUCAAGCAUCGGCGCACGCACACAGGCGAGCGCCCUUUCCAUUGUGAAGACUGUGGCAAAAGCUUCAACGUUAGCUCUAACUUGUACAGACAUCAGCGGGCGCAUGCCAGUGCCAACGCCUCACCAGGAACUCCCUCCCCCGCCCUCCUGCCCACCCGGGGCUUGCCCUACCAGUGUGCUGAAUGUGGGCGGUGUUUCCGCCGCAACACAGAACUGGUGACUCACCAGCGGCUUCACACUGGCCGGCUGCCCUUCCAGUGCAGUGACUGUGGCAAGAGCUUCUCCUGGAGUUCCCAUUUUGCCCGGCACCUGCGCAUUCACACCGGGGAGAAGCCCUACCCCUGCAACGAGUGUGGCAAGAGCUUUAGCCGCAGUUCCCACCUCUACCGACAUCAGCGCACUCAUGGCACCAAUGCAGCCGCCAACGUGACCCGGGCCUACAUCUGUACCUACUGCGGGCGCAGCUUCAGUACCACACUACACUUCGACCAGCACCAGCGUACCCAUCGCGGCCGCAAGCCCUACAAGUGCACCCUUUGUGGUAAAGCCUUUGCCGAUGGCUUGGCACUGGUGAAGCACCAGCGCCUGCACUUGAUUGGGGGGGACCAGAGCCACCAGUGCUCUGAAUGUGGGCAGAGCUUUGGGGGGCGGUCCCAGCUGGCCCGCCACCGCCGCCUCCACGGCACUGCCGAUAAGCCCUUUGGUUGUGGGGAGUGCGGGCAGAGCUUCAGCACCCGCAGUCAGCUGGCUCAGCACCGGCGGCUUCACAUCUCUACUGAUAAGCCGUACCACUGUGGGGAAUGCGGGCUCAGUUUUACGUGGAGCUCCCACUGGGAGCGACAUCGACGCAUUCACACAGGUGAGAGGCCCUACUCCUGUGGGGACUGUGGCAAGCGCUUUGGGCGCACGUCCCACCUUUACCGACACCAGCGCACCCAUGCUGGGGGACAGCCCCACAUCUGCCCGGACUGUGGCAAGAGCUUCAACAGCACCUUGCAUUUCCAGCGCCACCAACACGCUCACCACCUCAACCCAGACAGUACACAGCUCCCUGCCCAUGCAUGUGGGAAUUGUGGCACGCCGUGUGCUGAUGCCUCCGCUUUGCUCAAACACCAGUGCGUGCACGUGGAUGAGAGGCUGUAUCCCUGCCCCCAAUGCGAGCAGCACUUCCGAGAAAGUCCAUUUAUACUUGGAGGCCCUGUUACCCAGGAGCAAAUUCCUGCCCCCGUGACCCCUGCAGCCCAAACCUUGAAGCUCCCAGUCUUCAGCUGUGUUCUCUCCAUUCUGUCACCUGGCUCAGCAUGCAGGAUGUUGUCAUUUCAGGUGGGGCGAUAUUUGCAGAAGCACCUGGCCAUCAACAUCAUGCAGGAAAACUAUGAGAAUGUGAUCUCGCUGGCAGAGGAAAUUGCAAUCAGUUGGCCUCGGAUAACUGCCUUUGCUGAGUCCCACAGAAGAAGAGGGCUGGGGUGUGACAUGGAGUCUGAACAGAGCCAAGCACAACAGGCCCAGAUGCAAGAGUCUACAGCAGCCAGCUCAAGCGAAAGUGGGCUGAAUUCUGACCUCCGUCGCCAGCUGGGCCUCAUCCUGCAGACGGCCGGCAGAAGCCAAGUGGAGAAGAUGCUGCGGGAGCUGGUUAAAGAGCAGAGCCAGGAAGGGAAGCGCAAAGCAAGGAAGAAGGUGCCCAAGAGUCCCAAAGAUGAAGCUGCUGAGGAGAAUGAAGAAGAAGUGCAGCCAGAAGACAGCUUGGAGAAGGGGGCACCGCCAUCAAGGAGAUGUACCAGCCCAGGUGAGGGGGGUGCCAGCAGCAGUCAGUGCCAACAGGGCCCAGAGGACCAAACGCCUCCUCAAGACUCUUUCAGGCAUCAGCAGGAAGGGAAGAAUUCCAACAGCCAAAGGCAUCUGGAAGAGCCUGGGGUGUGUGUGGAGUGUGGGAAGAAAAGCGUGAAUGGUAGUGGUCGAGGCCACAGUAUCCCCACACCAGAGAGGCCGCACCAAUGCGCUGAGUGUGGACGUUGCUUCCGGCAACACUCGAUCCUGGCUAAACAUCAAAAGAUCCACACUGGGGAGAAGCCCUAUCUAUGUGUGGCUUGUGGCAAGCGGUUCAACCGCAGUUCCAACCUGGUUCAGCACCAGCGUGUGCACACAGGCGAACGCCCCUUUCCCUGCACAGCCUGUGGCAAGGCUUUCACCCAGAAAUCUGACCUGGAGCGUCAUCAGCGUGUGCACACAGGGGAGCGGCCUUACGUCUGCCAAGACUGUGGGAAGCGCUUCUCCGUCAGCUCCCACCUUGACCGGCACAGGCGCACCCACCAGCAUGGCCACCAGGAGCGGCCGUCUGCGACCCUGCUAGUCCCAGCUACUCACAACUGUCCAGAUUGUGGGAAAUGUUUUGGACAACGCUCUGGUCUCUCUAAGCACCGUAAGAUCCAUUCAGGGGAGCGCCCUUACCCAUGCAGCGCCUGUGGGAAGCGGUUCAGCCGCAGCUCCAACCUGGCGCAGCACCAGCGCAUUCACACGGGGGAGCGCCCAUUCCCUUGCAGUGACUGUGGGAAGCGGUUCAUCCAGCGUUCUGACCUGGAGCGCCACCAACGUGUGCACACGGGGGAACGCCCAUAUACCUGUGCUCAGUGCGGUCGGGGCUUCUCCGUGAGUUCCCAUCUUGACCGGCACCAGCGAGUUCAUCAAGCCCAGGCGGCAGCCGCUGCUGCCCAUCACUGCCCUGAACAUGUUAAAGGGUUCCUCCUCAGCAGUGGGGCCAAGCAGACCCUGAAAUACCAGCUGUACGGUGGCAAAGGGCGCCUCACACGCAGCAGCCACUGCUUGGACUGUGGGAAGAGCCUGAGCAAACUUCCAGCUCAGCCCCUGGGGCCUGCGGUAGAGAAGCCCUACAAGUGUGAGUGCUGCGGGAAGGCUUUUGCCCAGCGCUCCGCCCUGAUGAAGCACCAGCGCAUCCACACUGGGGAGAAACCUUUCUCCUGCGGGGACUGUGGCAAGGGCUUCAUCCAGAAGUCGGAUUUAACCAUCCAUCAGCGCAUGCACACCGGGGAGAAGCCAUACCGCUGCGACACCUGCGGCAAGUGCUUCAGCGUCAGUUCCAACUUACUGACUCACCAGCGCACCCACCUGGGGGAGAAGCCCUACGCUUGUGGGGAGUGUGGCAAGGCCUUCAUCCAGCGCUCAGAGCUGACCAUCCACCACCGCACCCAUACUGGGGAGAAGCCCUACGCUUGUGGGGAGUGUGGCAAGGCCUUCAUCCAGCGCUCAGAGCUGACCAUCCACCACCGCACCCAUACUGGGGAGAAGCCCUACCAGUGCAGCCUCUGCAGCAAAUGCUUCAGCCGCAGCUCCCACCUGCCCCGCCACCGCCGCACCCAGGGUGGCGGCGAGAAGGCCACAGGUUUUUCCCAUCCAGCCUUCCCGCCUCCUGCCCCAAACACAGCCCAGGCUUCUUCUCUCAUCAACUAA